ACAAAUUAGUGAAAUUACAAAUGACGUUUUGAAACAGUCACUUAUUAUCACUCACUAUCAGUAGUCAAGUUAUAAACUUGUCAGUUGUUUACAUAGCAAUAAGGCAAAGUGUAUGUGUUGGUUCACUAUUUCAGUUUCUAUUUUCACCACUUCACCAGAAAAACUGGCAGUAGACUAAAUGUUGAAAUAUGUUGUGCUGGUGCAUUCCAUUCCUGCUGGAAACUAUUGAAAUAAUUUAAAAUACUACACGAUAAAAACGAAAAUGCCUGUAACUCGUCGAACUUCGCGAAGGAAUUCAAAUGCAGACUCAAGUACCCCAACCCAACCAUCUCCAUUAAAGCGACAACCAUUAAACCAAGUAAAUUAUGGUGACAAACCCCAAAAAUCUGAUCCAUCAUUUACAGAAGAUUCAAGUUCAUCAGAAGAUGCAGAAUAUUUGCACAGGAAUAACUUAGAAGCAAUAAAAAACCGAACUCCAAUAAAGGAUAGUAUUCCCCAUGAUGUUCUGUCCAUACAACAACAAAAUGUGUUGUGCUCAAAAAAUUCAAAGUUUAAGCAUAUUUUAUAUGUUUUAAUUGCUUCUGGUAUUUGCAUAGUGCCAAUAAUUUUUUAUCACACAUCCAUCCAUUUAUUCAACUUAAAUGCUGGAAAUGAUUUGAUACCAAACUAUUUCAAUCCUUUGAAUUUAACAGUCAUGGAACUUAUUGACGAAAUGGAAAAUUCUUUUCCUUUACAAAAAAAGGAUACUUGGGUAAGCUUUGUUUCUGCACUUAGUAGUGUCAUAGAAAAUGAAGAGCCAUCCCAGCCAGCAGUUCUUCUUUUUGUUGGAGGAAACACACUAAUUGCAACCCAUACCAUGCAGUGUGUUGCUUUAACUUUGGCUAACAACACAAAUAAGCUAUUACCUGCAAUGAUUUCUGCCAACGAUGUCUCACCAGAAGUCAUAGUUCAAGUUGAUACAUUUGCCAAUCUUCAAAAUCAAGAAGAAACGAUAAAGAAAGAACUAGAUACCCGAAUCCGUUCCAUCCUCAACAAGUCCUACUCUGUUAUUGUUGGUCCUUUGGAGAAAAUUCCACCUGGAGCAGCCUUCAUUUUGCACGGCUACUGCGACAACUUCGAGGCUCCAUUCAAAAAACGUGUUAUCAUUUUGACAGCCACAUUUGAUUCUGACAAGCCACUUAAUUCAAGACAAUUAGAAAGAAGACUUCACAAACUUUGGGAUCAAAAAUUAGGCAUUGACAAAUCCGCUUCUAUCGUCUCACGAAUUGCCAACAACGUUGUUUUUAUCGAACCAGAAACCGGCUCCAUGCCAUGCACUAUUUGACGCAUGUACCAGAAAGUUUUUAAAAAGGAUGGUAUCAUGUCAAUACAUUGUGAUAAUACUAA